AUGGCACGCUCAGCGCCUCCGAAUUCUCAAACAGCACCACUACCGACAAACCUCCCCUUCCGACUAAUAUCCCGCACCAUCGGUCAAGGCGCCUACGCAUUCAUCCGUAAAGCCGCUCCUCCCCACGCCCCCACCCCCGUAAUCGCCGUCAAGUUCAUAAACAAAGCCCACGCCUUCUCCACCGGCCGCCUAAAACCCUCCCAGCUCGCCAAAGAAAUCGCGCUCCACCGACACCUGGGCAAGCAUGUCAACAUCAUUCAGCUGCUCUCCGCAGGCGAGGACCCGGCCUGGACAUGGAUCGCCAUGGAGCUGGCGGACGGCGGGGACCUCUUCGACAAGAUCGAGGCGGACGCCGGCGUUGGAGAGGACAUUGCGCAUUUCUACUUCGUGCAGCUGGUGGCCGCGGUUGGGUAUAUGCAUUCCAAAGGCGUCGCGCACAGGGACAUCAAGCCGGAGAAUAUUCUGCUGAGCGGGGAGGGGGAUCUCAAGAUCGCGGACUUCGGGCUUGCGGCGCUGUUCCAGAAGGAUGGGAAGAAGAGGCUCUGCGCGACCGUGUGUGGGAGCCCGCCCUACAUCGCGCCUGAGAUCGUGGCGGGGAAGUUUGGCAGGAAGGGCAUGAAUAACGGGGGCAUGCUGCCGAAAGACGAGGGCGGGAACGCCGGCUACGAGGCCAACAUCGCAGACAUCUGGUCCGUCGGCGUCGUGCUCUUCGUGCUUCUGGUCGGCAACACGCCUUGGGACGAGCCGACGCGGAACUCGUACGAGUUCAACGAGUUCGUCGAGACGCGUGGCCACACAACCGACGAGCUGUGGCGUAAGCUACCGCCGGAGAUUCUCUCGCUGCUGCGCGGGAUGCUGAAAGUGAACCCGGGGGGCCGUUUCUCCCUCGACGACGUGCGGCGGCAUCCUUGGUUCACGCGUCUCAACCCCUUCCUUGACCCCAGCGGCCGCUCUGCGAACCCCCUCGGCCUCGCGACGCAGAUGCUCGAGAACCUCCGUAUAGACUUCACCGCCGACCCUGUCGCGGCCUCCCAGCGCCAGAUCGACGCUACGCAGUACCCGGCUCCCGCCGCGACACAGCAGCCUCGUCCCUCCCAUACCCACGACACCAUGGAUCACGACCACCGCCCCCACCUCCUCUCCUCUACGCAGCCCGAAACACCAGUAGCAGACCUCCCCUUCGACUGGGAGCGGCCGCCCCGUCUCGCCGCCUACGACGGCAUCAGCGCCUCGCAGCCCACGACAGCAUCCACCUCCGCCGGGGGUCACCGCCGCCAGCUCUCGGCCUCCUUAGUCGACGCGCUAUGCGAAGACGUCUCCCUCAGCCAAUUCACGCCCCACCCUACCGUCCCGCUCUCCCUCACCCAAGCCGCCCAGCGCUUCAAGGACAUCCUCCCCUCCUACUCCCUCGCACGGCUCGUCUCGCCGCUGCCGUUGCCGCACCUCCUCGAGACGCUGGGCGCCGCGCUCCAUGCCCUCAAUAUCCCCGUGCCGCUCGCCUCCGUCGCGCCGGCAAACGGCGACGCCAUGGCGCACCAGGAUGCGCAGCAGGCGUACAUCAGGAUCAAGACGGUGGAUGGAAGAAAGCAGGGACUCAAUGGGACGAUUGUGGUCGAGCGCAUUGGAGAGGCUGGACUGCUGGAGGUGCGGUUCGUCAAGGCGAAGGGCGAUCCGUUGGAGUGGAGGCGGUUUUUCAAGAAUGUGGUUGCGUUGUGUGGACGUGAGGCGGUGUUUGUGCCUGGGGAAUCCCAGUAA